AUGGAGCAAGAGGCGGGCCUAUGUGCACGGGAAAACUGUAAACGACAGCUGACGAAUUUUGGAGAUGGUUUUAUUUACUCCUUAAGUUUAACAGAUGAGCAAAAUGAGAAGCCAAGAGAAGAGGGCAGAGCUUUCCAGAAAGAGAUAGGCCUCAAAACUGUGUUCAAGGCUUACAGGUUUUUCAUCGCUCAGUCCUAUGUGCUGGUGAAGAAGUGGAGUGAAGCCCUGGUCCUGUACGAUCCAGUCUUGAAAUACGCAGACGAGGUCCACGCUGAUGCAGGAGCCUUCAAGGACAGCCUGAAGCACCUGCCCGACGUGCAAGAGCUCAUCACGCAAGUGCGCUCGGAGACGUGCUCCCUGCAGGCCGCAGCCAUCUUGGCUGCAAAUGACAACCACCACGCAGAGACAGCUUCAUACGUGAAAGACAAUAAGCUUCUGGUUGAACGGUUUGAGACAUUCUGCCUGGACCCUUCCCUUGUCACCAAGCAAGCCAGCCUCGUGCACUUCCCGCCGGCCUUCCAGCCCACCCCCUGUAAGCCUUUGUUCUUUGACCUGGCCCUCAGCCACGUGGCCUUCCUUCCCCUGGAGGACAAGCUGGAGCAGAAGGCGAAGAGUGGCCUCAUCGGCUACAUCGAGGGCAUCUUGGAUUCAGGAGCUAACCAGGCUGUGCCUCGGGGGUAG